AUGUCCCCGAAGUAUCAAGCGUUGCAAAGCUGUAAAACCGAAAGCAGUGCGGGUCCACGAAAAAUUGUUCGUCCGUUGGCUAGUGGAUUGUCAAGUAAACGGAUAGCAUUUCACAAGUUCACACAUUCCGAACACGAUCAGUCAGUCCUUUACUUGCCCGAACUCUACUCCUCAAACCGCACCCGAAAUCCCAAAAGAAAAUCAUGUAGCAACUUAGGGCCUAAGAUAAUAACCUGGUUACCAACAUCCGCUCUGAAGCAAAUUUCAGGUUAUAAAAAGAACAGAUCAAACAAACCCGAAGGACAAAAAGCUCAUGAUGGCAAAGACGAAACGAUGAACAAGCAUCUCCUCUUCUAUUUUGAGAAAUGA